GCCCUUUGCCUCGUCCUCACUCUCGCCAUUGCCAUUGCAUUCGUUGUCACCAUCCACGUCGCCAUCGCCAUCGCCAUCGCCAUCGCCAUCGCCAUCGCCAUCGCCAUCGCCAUCGCCAUCGCCAUCGCCAUCGCCAUCGCCAUCGCCAUCGCCAUCGCCAUCGCCAUCGCCAUCGCCAUCGCCAUCGCCAUCGCCAUCGCCAUCGUCCUUUGCCUCGUCCUCACUCUCACCAUUGCCAUUGCAUUCGUUGUCACCAUCCACGUCGCUAUUGCUAUUGCUAUCGCCAUCACCAUCGCCCUCGCCCUCGCCCUCGCCCUCGUCGCCGUCGUCCUCGUCGCCGUCGCCGUCGCCGUCGCCAUCGACAUUGCCAUCGACAUUGACGUUGCCAUCGCCGUCGCCGUCGCCGUCGCCAUCGACAUUGCCAUCGACAUUGACAUUGCCAUCGCCGUCGCCGUCGCCAUCGACAUUGCCACCGACAUUGACGUUGCCAUCGCCGUCGCCGUCGCCGUCGCCAUCGACAUUGCCAUCGACAUUGACAUUGCCAUCGCCGUCGCCGUCGCCGUCGCCAUCGACAUUGCCAUCGACAUUGACAUUGCCCUCAGCCUUGUCCUCGCUCUCGUCAUUGCCAUUGCAUUCACCGUCGCCAUCCACGUCGCCAUCGCCAUCGCCAUUGUCGUCUUCGUCGUCGCCGUCGCCGUCGCCAUCGCCAUCGCCAUCGCCAUUGCCAUCACCAUCGCCAUCGCCAUUGCCAUCACCAUCGCCAUCGCAAUUGCCCUCGGCAACGUCAUCUCUCUCGCCAUUGCAAACAGCAUCAUUGUCAUCGUUGUUAAGGGCACUGGUAUGUGUUCCAAAUAUGUCUCUGCAUGUUUCUUUUCAGGACCUGCACGGUUUAUAAAUUUGACGGACACUUUUUUUAUUUAUUUAUUCCAGGCAAAUGAGUAUGUUUUAGAAUUUGACGAAAUGAUCAAUACCAGAAGGAGUACCAUAGAGGUAUACAAUUUUCAUAAUAAAAAUUCAGGCUCCUAAAAGAGUUUUCUAGCAAUUGAAACCCUAAACAUCAGUUGAGGCCUCAGGCUAGGCUCUAUCUGCAUUCUUAGUACGAAUUGUCAAUACGAGACAGGCUAAUUAAGAUCUGGAAAUAUUUUAUGUAAUUGUAGGAGGCUGUAACUAUGUUUGAAGAUUUCAUCAUAAAAAUCAAGAACGUCACAAAAGACAAGGCUGGCAUGGAAGAGGUUAAAACGCUAAGAAUAUCCAUCUUUAAAGUGGCAAAAGCCUUCGAGAAAUUUGCCCUUAAUUAUGGCAAGCAACACCUGAGCGCAAUGAGACCUUUCGAGAGCUUCGUUUUCCUAAAAAUAGGUGAGGUUACGGCCUACAAUUCUGUUUAGUUUUAAAGUGUAUUCCUCUGUUACUUACUGACUUGUUGACCAACGGACUGAGUUGUGUUAGUUCCUAGACGAUGUAAGAACUCACUGUAAACCUAUUCUUUUAGAAAUGUUGUUGUAUGUCAUCGACUCAUUUGUUUUUUUAAAUUUCUUUGAAGCUUUAAUUUUUUGCAGUGGAGAGGAAAAUUAGAGGUAUUCUUGAACAAUCAAGAAGAGAAAAAAGGAAUCCUUCAAAAUUUUAAAACCCUUCUUCUCGCUCUGUUUUUGCAAUUUAUCCUUAAUAAUAAAGUAUAUUUGUGAGCAGAAAUUACUACUGGAAUAAUCAAAUCUUGCAAAUAUUUCCCUUUACUUCAUACUAUGCACUGAGCUCAAAAUUGGCAUGUCGUCUGCGAUGUAUAUAAAUCCCUGCUUUUUAAGCGCACUCGUAAAAACUCAAAAAAAAAACUAAUGAACGCUAAUUUUCUCUGCUGAAACGGGGAACGACAUUUCAGAAAUGAUUUUUCACAAUUUUAGUCCGUGUAGAACUACUCACAUUUUUAUUCAGUUUUCCUUUAAAAAAGCGUUUUUAAAUCGGUUGUAUUCGUUGGAGAGUCAUGAAAGGGUAAAUACAAUACAAACAAUACACUUCCAUCCAAUAUGAUUAUAAAGUACACCGCAAAACGUAUGUUGUCUUUAAGUAUUGUUUUUCCGGCAGUUUUGGUAAUUCAAAAAGCCUAUCGCUUGAAUGCAAGUGACUUCAGCUUUGAGGUACAACAAUGGCAUACGAGAAUCAAUAUUGCCUCUUCAAACUUUGAGGAAAAUGGUUCGUAUUAACUAAGGUGUUACCUAUACAGCUUUUAGUUGCCUUAAUUUUUCUAGUGGAAUUUUAUAUAUCGAGAUAAAACCUUAAGAAUGAGCUUCAUUAGUUUACAUAGUCUAUUCUCUUUCAUCAUCCACCUUCCCUCUGAUGUCACAUCCUCAGAGCCUAAAGAAAAUUUGAAUAUUGCGUGCCUUUUGCUGUUUGAUUCCUUUUUUUGUUGUUUUUGGGGGGUUAAGGAUCAUUGGUAGUUGCGUUCGUGUACAAGGAUCUGCAUGACCUACUUCUGACAGAUCAAGCUAUCAGGAGUGAAACAGACAACAAAAGGUGAUGCUAUUUUCCUAUUAUUGUAUGUCGCUUUCCAUGGAAAUACGUAACACGGAAACACAUAAGAUCUACGUUCAACUAACCUGAACUUAGACACUUUCCAAAACCUUCACUGGGGUUGGAAGUUUCCCUGCCUGUCUCAGACCAUUCCACCUUCAUGAAAAAUUCGCUUCAAUAUGUCAAAGGUACACGAUGUUACUUCUUUGGUUCUGAUUUAUUUUUAAAUAAAUUUCCUUCAUAGUUAUAUCAACUCCAAGAUAAUGGCCAUAGCUAUGGACCCCAAGCCAAACAAGUUGCGAGUAAAUGUCAUCCUAAAGUUCGAAAAUCUGAAGGUAAAAUUAAAAUAAGUUGUUAUGCAUUGUUUUGAUUUAUUUUGACAUGAUAAAAUCUAUUUUCAGGUUUCGACAGCAGAGAAGCGCUGUAUGUUUUGGAGUGACUUUAACACAAGGUAAAAAACUGCAAAAUAUUAUUGUAUAGUAUUUAUUCAUUGUUCAGGUUAACAAUUUCCUGGUAGCUAAGAUGUUGUCUUUUUUCGUAAAGUCCGACUAAAAUGUUCUCCCAACUAAGAUACUACAACUAUAACGUAAAAUUACCGAACAUCACCUCUUCCCCAAACAGUGUUUAAUUUUGUGCGCUUUGUUAACUUUACUUUUUUUAUAGGUCAGAAGGCUUUUCAGAGGAAGGAUGCCAUGUAGUUUCAUUAAAAAGCAACUCAGAAGAAACAGUUUGCAGCUGCAAUCAUUUGACGCAUUUUGCCGUCUUAAUGAACUACGACGGUAACACAAAGGUAAUCAAAAGCCAAAAUAAUUUAACUAACAUUUAACUAACUCAAUGUUCUUAUUUGAAUUUUUUCUUUUUGACACAGCUCGCCGAAGAGGACGAAACAGCUCUGAAAAUUAUCACCCACGUCGGACUAAGCCUUUCCAUCGUCGGGAUCCUUUUAACAUUAAUACUUUAUUCUUGCCUCACGUAAGUAAUGUACCUGAAUAUCAGUGAGGUAGAUUCUUGACUUCCCUCAACUAUGCUAGAGAGAAAAGAGAUCUCAGUGCAAAUCUCCAUGCCAAUAAAAACACGCAUGUCGGGUAACUCAAAAAUUCAAAUUACAUUCCAUGCCCCAUAAAGAACGCUUGAACAACUCAUAGUUUCAUUGUUUAUGAAUUGCUUAGGGUUUAGUCAUUUCCCCCGUGAAACUUUCUUUUUUGUACUUUCUGGAGCUAUUUACUGAGUUUUUUUCUUUCAUUUGCUGUCAGAAUUUUACUUGAUUUCUUUGGCCAUAUUUUACUGUACAUUAUAAUUAAUUCAAUUCUCUUCUUUCUUGUGCUUAGUGUCUUUAGUGUAUUGUUGUUAUUGUUGUUGUUGCUUUUCUCUAAUUCAUUCUUUUUAUUUUUGUUAUUAUUACUAUUUUUUUUACUAUUUCAUCAGAGAUGUUGGUCAACCUCUCUCUCAAAUUCGAAUGAGUGUUUCUAUGUCCCUUGGAGCUGGACAGAUCAUCUUCCUCGCCGGAAUAAACGCCACAGAAAACAAAGUUAGUGGCCCCUUUUUCUAUCCAUGGAAUGAAUUUCCCCGUUGCACCGUAAAUAUCUUGUCGAAAGGAGCGUCAUAAGUAUACGAAAACUCUUUCUUUCCACAGGCUGCCUGUGUUACAAUAGCAGCUCUGAUGCAGUAUUUCUUGAUGGCCGCUUUCUGUUGGAUGCUGAUAGAGGGAAUAUUUCUCUACCUUUUCGUUGUGAAAGUUUACAACAUCAACAGCAAGAUGUACAUGUAUCACGUCAUCUCAUGGGGUAAGUCCAUUAUUUCACAACAUACACUAGUGACUGUAACCAUGCUUUCGGAUCACCAAAUAUGAUGUUGUCAUCCAGCGAAGUUUUACGAUUUCCUUCCUUUCUCUAUGGGUAGGUCUUCCAGUGAUCAUGGUGGCCAUGUCACUUGGCAUCGCUGCUGGGAAAGAAGGGUUACAAAGCUAUACGAGUGAUAAAUAGUAAGAAAAAAAUUCAAGGGUUUCUUCUUGCUCUUCUCCUUUUAAUUUGUUGCAUUUAAUUCUUUGUUUUGUUUUUGCACAUAUUUUGAGAUUGGCAUAAUUUCAUUUGCUAAAAAUUUGUGUUUCUUUCCUGUGUUUCACUUCUUCGAGUUUAGUUGCUGGCUUUCCUGGACUAACAACCUGAUCUGGAUAUUCGUCGCCUUUGUAGCUUUCAUCGAAAUUGUGAGUUUAUGAUUAGUGUUGGUGAUUUUGAUUGGUGAUUGUCAUUGGUAUACCUGGACUACCUGCUGCUAAAGAUUUUUUUCUCUGCUCUUUAAAAAACGAUUUAAGUAUUUAUUAUAUGACCCCGCAUAAUAUUUAUCAUUUUCCUUUUCCUAUUUACUCACAAUAAACUUUGGACGUAGCUGCUGUUUGCGAGGAUGCUUGUCGAUUUUAACCUACUGAUGGCCUUUAACAGUGAGAAAAACCUGUUGAGACAAUGUAUUUACAAGCAUAAGAUAGCUUCGUGAAUUAUCCAACUUUUACUACAUAGUAUGAAGAAAAAAAAUUUUCUCCCUCCCUGUUGAUGGUUUCUCACUGUUUCACAUUGAUAUAUUAAGAUUGUUUUUCGCGCAAGAAUAACUAAUUAAAAAAAACGUUGAACAGGAAGAAAGUAGCAGGAAGAGUAGAAGAUUGUAAAUUUAUAUAAUUUAACGCUAGGAUUCACUUGACAUAGUUCAUUCAGUUAAGACUCUUUACUUCGCGAUUUCUUUAGCUCAUUAUUGUCAGAUAAUCGAAGCUCAUAAUCUAGGUCCUCCGGUUGAGAGUUCUAUUUCCUGUCAAUGACUCUUUUAUCCAAAGCUUGUUACCAAACAAGUAACGUCUCUGUCAAGGAUCCUCUCCUGCUUUGGCUACUCGAUAACCAUAUCUAGAUAAUUAAUUUAUUUCUAUUGUAUUCUUUAGCUCAACAUCUUGAUACUCAUACGAGUCAUAAGGGAGAUGACCAAUUUGUUGCAGCCAACAGGGGAAGACAACCAUCUUCAGCAAAUAGGGUAGGAUUUACAACAUAAAACUAAAACAAUAUAGCCUCCUGUGAGGCUAUAUUCCCCAAACUUCCUCUUUCAUUAAUCAGUCAGGCCUUACUAUAUCUAACAAUGAAAAUCCAUUUUCAACGAAAGUUAUGUAAUAUUUUUUCUUAAUUCCUAGAAUUGGCACCAAAGCAAGCGUGGUGAUGAUUCCCUUGCUGGGUGUCACGUGGCUAUUCGGUCUCCUCUCGCCUGUACAUAAAGCUUUCGCUUACAUCUUCACCAUACUUAACUCUGCUCAGGUUAGUGUUCGAUGACAUCUCUCAAAAUCGUUCAAUAUCUAUUAUGUUACUUUCUAAUCAAGUGAGACACCGUUACAAUGGUCAUAUGAUAUUUUUUGGAAUUUUGAAAACAAAAAGCUGUUAACUAUGCAAGAGAAGACAGACUUCUUUUUCCAUUAUAAGAUAUGCAAUUUUCCUUCCUUCUUGGAAAUCUUAAUAGAUAUCUGACUAAUUUAUUUGCAUAUUGUAAAAAUUAAUGAUCUUGAAAUCAUAUUUAUGCUUCAGGGUUUCCUGAUUUUCGCUCUACACUGUAUGCGAAACACUCAGGUAAGAAAAAACAUCAAACUGAUUAUUAACUUUUAGUAUUUCGAUAGAUAUCCGAGCACUAGUACUAAGAACCGUAUUUCAUAUUGCUUGUCUAUCUGCAGAUCAAAGAGCGAUUCAAAAGAAAAAUGAAUAUCGUUUUUCCAUCUUCUAUAAAGAACAACUAUUCAAGGAAGAGCUCACGGGUCAAUCCAAGUGAGGUUGGGGAUAUAUGGGCAGUCGAAUUGCAGUCUUUUGCUAAAUUUGAAUCGAAAUCGCACUUAACUUAAAUAAGUGGAUAUAGCCAACCGGAAAAGACCGUCAAUUUCUUGGUACAAACACUUAGUUAACAGCGAUUAGUCGGUUGCGAUCGGUCUGAGUUACGAUCUGCAGCUAAAAGAGGUCAUUCUGUUCAUCUUUGUUUAAGCACCCAACUAGUUGUAAACGUAACCUAACUUCUUCAUGAUUAUAAGGUUAUUCUCUCGGCAAUCGGAUAGAUGCGGGCAAGAUUCGACGACAUAAACCAAUCUAUCAAUUUAAAUUUCUAAUGGCUCAGUAUGCUGACGACUGUCCUUCGAAUAAGGUUACAGUCUGUUACAGACAAGGCGGGAAUUUAUGCCAGGAAAUCAUGGCUCGUUUUUCUUUAAAAAAAAAGCUGUGUGUAUUUAUUUUUUGAUUCUUGCACGCUAACUCUCUGCGCUUGCUGCAUGAUUAUUUCAUAUUCGGCGUUUUACUUAUUGAGUUAACAAAAUUUUCAUCAAACAUUAUUAUUACGGUUAAGCUAUGGAUAAUAACUGAAAAUAUAAGUUUCUAUAAAUUUCGAGAAUGGCUAUGUAUUCCGAGGAACUUUCUAGAGCAUUUUACUAGGUUUCGUAGUUAUGAUGUAACACUACCAAUAUAGUUAUGUUGUAAGCUUCCAGAAUUUUCUGGAAUGCUUUGUACAUAUGGACUGAGUCUUGUAGCAGUAGUACUUAUUGUUGUCGGGAGUGACUGAUUUUUCAGAACGCUGUACCGAAAGAGAGCUACUGUGGAAGAUUGUUAAUUUAGGUGAACUUUGGAGACAACUGUGAGAUUGUGCCAAUACUGAGCUAAGAUAUAGUUUGUAGUGGGCUUCUUUAAGUUUAUUUAAGGAUAAUUACUCUACUUCCUUUAAGAGUCGCUCAUUGAUAGGAAUAUUACAAGUUGUUUAAUAAAGUAGUUAGGUUUGUUGAUAAAUAAUGCUCUUUCUGUCGGUUAAAUUGUACUGUAACAAAUAAUACUAAUAGUAUUAGUGGCUGACAUUCAAAUUUGUUGCUUAAUGAAUAAGUAGAUGAAUACGUAAAUGUUUCAAUAAAUAAACAAACAACUAAUUUAGAAAGAACAGAAAAAGCCCCUAUGGCUGGAUCUUUUGUGGAUCAGUUACAUUUAAACAUUUUUUUUCACAUUCCUAAAAUAAGGAGUAUCGUUGUGAAUCAAAAAUACAACGAAUAAUUUGGAAUUAAAUUGGGGCAAUGUUAGGCGGAAAUGGCAUAAACCAAGAGAUUAUAAACUAUUCGGCAUACAUUAUUAAAGAACGAUUAAAGAACUUUUAUGCAGCGUAGACUGUUUAAAGGAAAAAGCUCAGCGACAGAAAUGUGGAAUAUUUCCAUGGGCUUGGUUUUCAAAUAUCACUACAGCGGAGACGUAACACUGAAGAGGAAUUUCGACAAGCAAGAGAAGGAGUCGAUUAUGUAGAUGUGUGUGACAGUUUGCAACAGUCUAGGUUACGUCAAACCCAUUUAUAAACAAACAUGAAUGACGAAGCGUACGAUUAAGACGGAAGAAGUAAAAAUAAGAACUUUUCUGGACUAUACAAGAAAAUUUCUCUCGACACCGCUCAAAUGCGAUAGGUCAAAACGCUUCAAGCUUCGAUUGACUAAAUAGAUCGCAGCUAACUCGGGCAUAUUCGAGAAUAGACAAUCAUUAUUCCAUGAGCGUGGAGAGAUACUGGGAGAGUAGAAUGUCUCGCCCACAGAGCACAUCAUUAUGACCCAAGAACGUCUCGCACAAAGAGCUUUUGACCUCACCGCUCCUUCUAAAAUGUUGUAAUUCGAACAUUUUGACACAAAAGUGAUGGUUUGCAUGAUAAUAAUGCGUGUUAAUUGACACAUGAGCGAGUUAGUCCAUCAAAGUUAAAGGCGUACGAAUUAAAUAGACCCACCAACUGAAACGAAUGGCAUGUCAUAGGCGAGAUGAAUAAAUAAUAAUCAUUUCCAUUAUUUUAUGCAUACGAACAGAUGGCGUAAUAGCUUUAGCUACCAGUCGAUAAAAAGAAGUUUAUUCGAGACAACUUUCAUUUAGCAGAGCUCAAACAGAAAUAAUCAUUUUAAAGUCAAUUAUUUUUGAGCUGCUUCUUUACAAAACUUCAACUAUAAAAAGUGUCUUAAUGCCGUGAGGUUUUUCGAUUGUAUUAAGAAAACAAUGCUCCGCAUCUGGUGCAAGUUGCUUUUUGUCAAUUGGUCCGUCUCUGACAGAAAAAUAAAAAUGGAGACCAACGCCAUGAAUAUGCAAUCACAGAUCAUGAUUUGCAUCAAAUUCAAACUCGUACCAAAGCGUUUUAUGAGGACGUCGCAAACUCAAAACUCUCAAGCGGGGUGAAUCAAAUUUAAGUGCAGCGAUAGAUCCUAAGAGCAACCUUUGCUUAUCUUGGGCAUAAUGAAGUAGAUGAUAAAUGGAGCUGAAUUCGGCAAAAUUUUCAAAACCCUUUUAAUAUGUUCUGUGCUGGGUAAGUACGACACUAGUUAUUCCCCUUUGUUCUGCUGUAGCUACGAAACUGUCGAAACUGACUUUCCAAUUUAUGAAAUAUUUAUUUCCAUUUUAAACCUACGGAACUCUGAUAACAAAAGAUACCAAACUCUACACAUGUCCUUUCUAAACUAUUUGUUAAUCAUUAAAGCAAAAGUUUGGGAUCUUUGUAUUAUCAUUAUUAUCAUUAUUAUUAGUUUCUCGAUAUUAAUCGCCUUCCGCAUAAUGCCAAAUGAUUGAAUUGUGUGAUGAGUACAACUAAAUCCGGCAAAGUGUGCGAAACCUUUUUUAAUAAGUUGUGCGCUAGGUAAGUACCACCUUAAUUAUAUCUUGACUUUCCAUUUGUGAAAUUCAGCCAAACGAAACAGAGAGGUGGCGGUUAUUUGGCACUGUUAAUUAAAACAAAACAAAACAAACUCUAAAGAUUUCUGCAUUAAACUCUUAAUUCUUAAUCAGAGUAGGAUCUCUUAUAAACUGGAUUCCUAAAGCCUAUUAGAUUCCAUAUAGUGCAAAAUAAUCAAAGAUCAAAUAACACAGGCGAGAUAUCCAUGCGGUGGUCAUGUUAUUUGCGUCAUGGUUGUCUGCACAACAGCUUUGGGAGCCAUAUUUAGGAUGACAGGAACACAAUAGCUUAGUUGCUAUCGUUUUAUGCCACCACUACGACAAGAUGUCAAAAGGGGGAUAUGUCUCCUCUUCAGAUAGGUGCUGAACGUUCGACGUGCUUAGACGAAAGAUCGGAUUAAUUAUCAGGGUCCACUUAAAAUGGCCCGUUUAAAAAUUCUGUCCGAAGGACGUUCGCGAGGGUCCACUGUAUCCUUAAAAAUGUUUCCCUCGUGUAACAAGUUUUGUUCAGCUGGUUGGUAAAUUGCACAGAUGCUGUACUUUAUUUAAAUUUCUCCGUCUGCUCCCUGAGGAAGGAAAUAAAAAUCAUGGGUAGAUGUUACAGGGC